AUGGCAGACAUCAGUUCGUUGAUAAAUCCCCCAGACGAAAAAGAAGAAUCGGCGCCCGUGGCGCCUGUGGAGCAGAAAAGUGAAGAACCAAGAGUUUCCGAAGACACGAUUCUCGCUUCUUUCGAUAAAAUCAAAACUCACUUUCCUGCUGCCAGAAUUAAGAAAAUCAUGCAGUCUGACGAAGAGAUUGGCAAAGUUGCUCAGGCUACGCCUAUCGUUGUGGGUCGUGCGUUGGAGAUUUUCAUGGCCAAUUUGGUGGAAGCUGCUAUCAGUGAAGCCAAGUCGGCUGGUGUUCGCAGAAUUGCUGCUUCCCACGUUCGUGCUGCUGUGGAAAACACUGAGCAGUUUGACUUUUUGGUGGAUGCGGUGCUGAAGUACCAGCUGAAGUGA